AUGUUUGUGACCCUCCUUUGUAAUGGAACAGCGUGGUCUAUUGGACUUAAAAUUUCCACGCAGCUGAACCUUCAUGUUAAUCGUAAGGCACGUUCUUGUUUCGCAUUGCCUAGGGUCGUCACUGUACUACAGUAUUGGCUGAACGACUAUGCGUCGAACAUAGGUUUUGGAAUAUUUCAUUCUGGAAUUGAAGUUUAUGGAGUUGAAUAUGCUUAUGGUGGGCAUCCUUAUGCAUUUUCUGGCGUUUUCGAGAAUUCGCCACAGGAUGCUGAGGAACUAGGAGAAAAUUUCAAAUUUAGACAAUGUAUUGUCAUUGGAGAAACUACAUACUCGGCUUCUGCCGUUCGGGAACUUAUAAAAUCUCUCGGGCAAGAAUACCGUGGUGACCGCUACCAUCUUAUUUCAAGAAACUGCAAUCACUUUAGUGCUGUUCUUGCUAAGGCCCUUACUGGAAACGAUAUACCAACAUGGAUCAAUCGUUUAGCUAACCUUAGUGGAUCGAUUCCAUUUUUGGAAAGAUGUCUACCACAGGAGUGGUUGACGCCGGUUGCAUUACAACAGUCACUUGAUGAACAACGCAACGCAGAUCGCUCAAAAGCUGCUGGAAACGAUACCCACAAACGAUUAUCGAUUGAUUCUGCUGAGGAUGCCUUAGACGCUAAGCUGAAUGAUUCUCGUGCAACUGUGGUAUCUGCCCGUGGAUUUGUAUGCGGUGACAAUUCUUCAACACUCUCGUCGGGUGCUGAUAGUCGUAACGGGUCGCCUCCAUCAAUACAGCGGAUAUGGGCCCAAAUCAAAUCAACCAUGGCUGGAGAUAUUCGACCUUAA